GAGCGCCGGCGCCACCGCCCUCUCGACGAAGUAGAGAGAGAGAGAGCAGGGCAGGUCCCCUCCUCGAAACCCUAGCGAAGCAGCAAGCGCGGGGAUGGCGAAGAAGCUCGGGAAGAAGGCUCGCAAGUUCGCGCGCAAGCACCUCCAGUCCGCCGCCAAGCGCAACCGCAAGCAACGCUCCCAGUUCGUCCGCCGCCCUCGCAGAGGUGGUGGCGGCCGCGGGGACGACCGCUCCGGCGGCGAUGGCGAUGAGGAGAUGCCGCGGCGAGCAGAGCAUAACGUCAUGAACAAUGAUGAUGCUGAAACUUUGGUUAGUGGCCUAGAGUUUCCAGAAGAUGAAGGUGAAUUAAACAGUGAUCUGUCUGAUAGUGAUGGUUAUCUUUCAGAGGACUCUGAGUGUCCGUAUUAUUCUGACAGUGAGGGUGACAAUGUUGUCAGUGAUUCUGUGGUCCAAGAUGGCUUAGAUGGAGAGAAUGACAAGAUGAAUACAGAGAUAAAAAAACAAAAGAAGAAGUUGAACAAGUUGAUGGAUAAGGACCCUAAGUUUGCAAACUACCUUGAAAAAUGGCAAUCAGAGUUGAAGAGCUACAGAAGUAAAGAAGAUUCCGAUGAUGAUGAGAUGGACUCUGUGGAUAGUGAUGCUGACUUUAGUGAUAAAAUUCCUCCAAAUGAUAAGAUACUGACAAGGAAGACUAUAAGUGAAUGGUGCCAGUUAGUUGCAAAGGAACCUAAAGCACCUUCUCUACGUAGCCUGUUAAAUGCCUACCGGGAUGCUUGUCGAUUUGGUGUUAAUUCCAAGAGCCCUUCGGUGCAGAGAAUUCGAAGUACUGAAGUGUUCUAUCACAUAAUAACAUUUGUUCUUUCUGAAGCAGAUAACAUUUUCCGUGCUCUCUUAGAAAUAUCUGAUGAUGUGAACAAAGGCAAAAUUAUGAAUCUGAGAAGUGCAAAGAAAUGGCAAACUAUUGAACCACUCAUAAAGUCUUACUUACAGAAUUCUCUAGAUCUCCUUAGUCAACUUACUGACAACCAAAUACUUGCAUUUGUCUUGACUCGACUGAGAGCAUCUGCCGUUCUUUUUUCUGCAUAUCCAUCAGCGUCAAGGAGACUCCUCAAGAUAUUGAUUCGCUUGUGGGCAAGUGGGGAUCAUGACUUGUCUCUGUCCUCAUUUCUUAUGAUCCGAGAAGUGUCUUCGCUGUUACCAGAAUCUUUGGAUCUUUGCUUAAACAAAUCUUAUAAUGCAUACCUUGCUAGUUCCAAGCUUGUGAAUGACCGAAAUAUACAUCAUAUUGAUUUUUUGACGGACUGUCUAGUGGAGCUCUAUUCUCUCGAUGUUCAAAAAUCAUGUGAGAGGGCAACUACCUCUAUAGAGCAGCUGAAUGCUAUUCUUAGGCAGGCUUCUAAAACAAAAGAAAAGGAAGACCUCAGGAAGGUAGAUAACUGGCAAUAUAUUAACUGUGUAAACCUAUGGGUUAGGUUUCUUCGUUGUAACUACAAGGACUACAAUAUGCACCCAUUACUUUCUUCAGUGGUUCAAAUAAUAAGAGGAGUGGCUCACUUAUUCCCAGGCACACGUUACUUACCAUUGAGGCUGAGGCUUGUGCAGAUGCUGAAUGAGCUUUCUGGUUGCAGCCAGAUGUUCUUUCCAAUUCCAUCUUUGUUAUUUGAUUGCCUAGAAUUUGGUGAUAUCUCUCAAAAAGAACAAGGACAAAAAGCAAAGGUCAACUUUUCCUCACUAUUGAAGGUGCCAAAGAACCUGCUGAAGUCAAGAGACUUCCACGAGGAGUGCAUUCUUUCAGCUAUUGAUGUUCUGUCUUCACAUUUUGCCCAGUGGUGCUAUCAUGUCUCUUUUCCAGAAGUUGCCACCAUUCCACUCAUCCUCCUGAAAAGAUUACAUGAGCAGACAACAAUUGAAUCACUUCGUCGUCCUAUUAAACGACUGAUAGACCAGGUGGAUGAGAACAAGAACUUGGUAGAAAGGAAGAGAGACGGCGUCUCUUUUUCACCAAAUGAUAAGACAUCAGUUGAGAGCUUCGUUCAGGACCUUCAGGCAGACAAGAGCAGUGGAAAAAUUUCACAGUUUUACAAAAACGUACCAAAAAAGUUUUUAAGGUAAAGACAAUUUUGAUUUGACAAAAUCAUUAUCAGUGGCCUGCAUCCAAACAUCCCCUGUUAUUUGCAUGUAAAAAAGAGGUGCUAUGAAUGCGAACACACUUUUUUGGCUACCAGGAGUAUGCCAUGAGCACGAAUGUUGUGACUUCUAUCGGUCAACUUAUUUUUGUCCAGGAGGUAUUCAUGAAUGAGUUGGUUACCUUAUGACAUUGCUCUUGAGUUAAAACAGGUCAAUGAGCAUUUGCUGAGCAAAGUUUUGAGUGUGGAUGUUACCGUUUGUUGAUGCAUUUGGCAAUGAGCCUCUUGCGUAGCAAAAUUUUGAGCGUGGAUGUUACUAUUUGUUGAUGCAUUACUGUAGAGGGCGAGUAUGUUCUUUAAAAGUGAUAUGGUAUUCCAUAUUUGUACUACAUGACUUCUGAUUUGCUACUGCUAAUUGUUUGAUUAGAGCAUUUCAGGUUCUCUUUAGGUAGAUCUACUAGGACAUUGGAAUGAUGUUACUGUCUAUUUGAAUUGAUUGGCUGUACUAUCCACAUUUCAAGUCUUCUGCUGUACUGUGGUGGGUUUUGCAAAAUUUUAUGCCAACUCUGAAGGGAUGAAGAGUGGCUGUUAGCGUCACAUUCACACGGUCAUUUCUGGUGUAAUAACUGCCUAUUCUCUCACCUAUGGGAAGUCGGGGGUUGUUUGGAGGAUGGUCACAAUUUGCCUCCCCUCGUCACAACUCAUGUUAGAUAGAGUUGACUAAAUUAGCAAUAUGUUUGGUUCAUAGCCACAUUUAUGGAAGUUUAUCUUUUCCAUCUUAUUGGCCACAUAUUUCAA